AUGGCACCAAAAGUUCAAUCCAAAGCCGCCAAGGCUAAGGCCACCAAACCAGCUUCAAAACCGGCUUCCAAAGAAAUCGCAAAGAAGCCGACAGCCAAUGGAGCCAAGGCUGAAUCUGCUAAGCGAGGCACCAAGCGAGCCAAGGACGCGGAAGAGGAAGAGGAUGAGCUUCAGGAAGACGAUGCCGAGGCCAAAGAUACUGCCGCUCCGCUUCCGGAUCUGAAGAAGCGAAAUGGCAAGGGACGCGCUGCUUCAGCUGAGCCCAUCAGCGACGUAGAUAUGGCAGAUGGAGCUGCCCGUCCGAUCAAGCGCAGUCGCCGCGCUGCCACCCCGGCAGGUCCGAUCAACUCGGUUCCACGACCUAUUCAACCUGUACACGCGGACGACGUAACUGAAGGAAUCGCCGUUGAGGUCAGCACAGGCAUCCGGGCCACCAGCGGCAAAGGUGCUGUGCUGCCUCGCAAGCUCUUUGUCUGGGGAUCGGGUGACGCGGGUCAGUUCGGUGUCGGUCCUCCCGAAGAUGACAAGCCAAACAAGCUCAACAAGCCCAAACCUUUCGGUAACAAGGAGAUCUCAAUGCAGAUUGAUGACGGCGACUUUGGCGAGGGUGGUAUCGAGCUCAUUGUUGGAGGUGGUAUGCACUCGGUCUUGAUCGACAACCUCGGCCGCAUCCUCACUUCGGGCGCUGAAGAUUACGGAACGCUUGGACGCAAGUACCGUGGUGACUCUGAUGACGCGGAAGAAGCCUACUUCAAUUUUGCACCCGUCGAAGGGCUUUCGCCCACAGGCAAAGGCAUCAACCCCAUUGAUGGAAAGAAGGGUUCUGUUGAGAAAUACCGUGCCACGCGGGUCGCAUCGGCCGACGCUGCAGGUGCCGUGCUCGAUGACCAAGGUCGUCUCCGCUCCUGGGGAUACUUCAAGGAUGGCGAGGGACGCGUUUGCUUCGCGGAUUCAGACGCGCCUGGCCGCAACAGAGAACAGUGGUAUCCUAUCGCUUUGCCCGGUAUCGAGAACGAGACUUUUGCGGCAGUGGCAGCGGGUGAGAACCAUUUCCUCGCUCUGUCGCUCAAUGGAAAGGUCUACUCAUGGGGAACCAACACUUGCUACCAGCUUGGCCGUAGUUCUAACCCACGCAGGGUUGCUCAGAAGUUUUCCAAGGGCGAGCCGCCGAAGGAAUGCGACCUCACACCUACACCCAUGGUUGGCCUGGCAGAGUGCAAGCGCAUCUUUUGUGGUCUUACCAAUGGCUUUGCAGUGGAGAAGAGCGGCAAAGUUGUCGGUUGGGGAUUGAACACCAAAGGUCAGACGGGCACCGGUUUGAAGGCUAUUAAGGUGGCCACUCCGCACGUCAUCGCUGCGCUGAGCCCCGCGCGCCACAACGGUGCUGAAGUGGUGCAGAUUGUGGGCGGCAACUUCCACACCGUUUUCCUCCUUGCAAAUGGCGAGGUGUACAUCUGUGGUGACAGUGACGAAGGCAAGCUUGGUCUUCCGGCCGGUCACCCAGCACUCAAAGGCGCAACUGCAGCGAACCCAGUUGUUGUUCGCGAGCCCACACUGGUGCCGUUCCCAGCCCCCCCUUCAUGGGCGCCCAAGUCGGCCAAGACCGAGGAUGGCAAAACCAAGAUCGUGGCUCUCAGCGCCGGCAUGCGCUUCACGCUUGCCUUGGCCGCCGACGGCACGCUGUACUCGUGGGGCACGACUUCGGACGAUGCGCUUGGUCACCCCGCUGAAGACGUUGGCGGCAACCAGAGCAAGGAUACGCCGACAGCGAUUGCAAUGCCCGGUCAGCCUGGUGCCUGGCGCAUCAUGGCUGCUGCCACCGCUGGCCAACAUUCGUUGGCCAUCGCUAUCAAGCCUCCACAGGACGACUGA